AUGCGAGGAAGAGCGGAGGGGCUUCGGGCGUUGGUGUUUUUGUGGCUGGUGGUCUGGAUUGGGGACCCCCGCCCGGCUUCCGCGCUGCACUAUCGGUACCUCUGGAAGAGCUGCCUCCCCUGCUACGGGGGGCAGGCGGGUUACGGCGGGGGACGCUCGGAGAGCAGGCCAGAGGUUGACGAGUGCCAAACUCACAACGGAGGCUGCCAGCACAGAUGUGUCAACACCCCGGGGAGCUAUCACUGCGAGUGCCAGCCAAGAUUUCGUCUCCAUGCGGACGGCAGGACGUGUCUCCCUGGCAACCCCUGUGCCAUCAACAACGGAGGCUGCGAACACGACUGCGUGCAGCUGACCUUCUCCCACCACCGAUGCCAAUGCCGGCCGAAUUACCAGCUGAAAGAGGACGGCAAGCACUGCGUGGUGAAGAAUCCAUGCGCUACCCACAACGGAGCCUGCAUGCACAAAUGCCACAACCACAACGGGCUGGCGCGUUGCGAAUGCCACCCGGGCUACCGACUGGCGCCGGAUCGUAAAACCUGCCAAGAUGUAGACGAAUGUGUGACGGGCCUGGCCUUGUGUGCCCAUCAAUGUCUGAACACUCCGGGCUCCUAUCAAUGCUUGUGCAACCUUGGCUACGAACUCGGGGCAGAGGGCAAGCAGUGUUACCGGGUGGAGAUGGAAAUUGUCAACAGCUGCGAAACCAACGGGGGAUGCUCCCACUUGUGCCAUCACACCAGCAGCGGCCCCGUCUGCAGUUGCAAUUUCGGAUACAGCUUGGAUGAAGACCAAAAGACUUGCAUCGAUACUGACGAAUGCAACGCCGGGUCUCACUGCUGUCAGCAAGGGUGUUACAACUACCCUGGGGGUUACGAGUGUGUUUGUUACGCCGGCUACCUGCUCAACCCCACGGGUUGUGGUUGCGAUGAUGUGGACGAGUGUUCGGCGAAUAACGGGGGCUGUGAACAUUUGUGUCGGAAUCUGGUCGGCUCCUUUCUCUGCAGCUGCCGGAUUGGGUUCAAAUUAGGCGAGGAUCGCAGAAGCUGCCUGGACCUUGAGGAGCCCACGGAGGCCGUGAAUGGACGGCGGCCCGUGAUGCGUCCGCUCCCCCACGUGGCUCUUUUCCACGAUGGGCUGACCCCGUUUUUGGAGGAAGACUACGAGGAUGAAGAGGGGGAAGGAGCCGAGGCCAGAGGAGAGCACACCGUUGUGGAGAAGUUCAUCUGCCUGAAUGCCACCUUCGGCCCCGACUGCAGCCUGUCCUGUGAGGGAUGCCAGAAUGGCGGCCGGUGCAACCAGAACCAGACCGGCUGCCUCUGUCCAGACGGCUGGACGGGGGUCUUGUGCAACCAAACCUGCCCCAAAGGGAAUUUUGGGAAGAACUGCAGCUCGCUCUGUCUCUGCCAAAACGGAGGCAGCUGCCAUCCUGUGACGGGGACCUGCCUCUGUCCCCCCGAGGCCGCCGGGGACCGGUGCGAAGAUGUCUGUCCCAGAGGAUUUUUCGGAAAACACUGCCGGAAAAAAUGCCACUGUGCCAACCGGGGACGAUGCCACCGGGUUUUCGGCACUUGCCUGUGCGACCCGGGACGCUACGGGCGUUUCUGUCACCUAGCUUGCCCGAAGUGGGCGUACGGGAUUGGCUGCUUGAGAGAGUGCCGUUGCGUGCAAGCCAACACACAACACUGCGACAAGCGAGACGGCACUUGUGUUUGCAAGCCCGGGCAUCGAGGGGAAAGGUGCCAAUCGGCGUGUGACCCGGGCCAUUUCGGACCAGGCUGCAGGCACAAGUGUGGCUGUCCCCCUGGCGUGGCCUGUGACCCCGUGAGCGGAGUGUGUCUCCCGCAGUGUCCUCAGGGCUAUUACGGAGAGAAGUGCCAACAAGAAUGUCCUGAAGGAAAAUUCGGAACGAAUUGUCUUCAUUCCUGUUCUUGUAACGGUUCCCCUUGCGGUCGGGUGACUGGGGAAUGCCGCUGCGUAACUGGGAGGACUGGGAAGUCCUGCGACCAAGAAUGCCCUGAAGGCUACUGGGGAGAUGGGUGCCAGCGGCUGUGCCCGGAAUGCCAGAAUAAUGGCCGUUGUGAUCCCGUCACUGGUGUGUGCUUGUGCCCUUCGGGAUAUACAGGGAGCCGUUGUCAAGAAGUCUGCCCACCUGGCUGGUUUGGCCCAGGAUGCCAACAUCGGUGUGACUGUGAGAACGAAGGGGAUUGUGACCCCCAAACGGGGAGGUGUCGCUGUGCCCCCGGAUGGACCGGCUCCCACUGCCAAAGAGGUGAGAAGAGGGACACCAAUGGCUUUAAUUCUUCCUCCUUUGGGCCUUUUGCAGCCUGCCAGAUGGGCUCCUGGGGGCCCGACUGCAGCCGUGCCUGCAACUGUUCGGGGGCCGAAGGCGGCUGCAGUGCGGUGACCGGCCAGUGCCGGUGCGAAGACGGUUACGUCGGCCUGCGCUGUGAUCAGAGUGAGUCCCCUCCUUCCUGGUCCUUGAACCCCAAGUUCUUUUGGGUCUGUGGGUGCCCUUCAGCCGAGAGGGGGGGGCCUGUUUAUUCCUCUUCUUCCUCCCAAGAGUGCCCCGAAGGCUGGUUUGGUCCCAACUGCCUCCAGCGAUGCCAGUGCCACCACCAAGGAGUCUGUGACCAUGUGGGCGGUGCCUGCGUCUGCACCCCAGGCUGGAGGGGAACAUUUUGUGAGCGGGCUUGUCCCAGCGGCUUUUUCGGGGUGGACUGCCAGCACGCCUGCCGCUGCCUCAACGGAGCCCGCUGUGAUCCCGCCACGGGCCACUGCCACUGCGCCGUGGGCUGGAUCGGGCCACACUGCAACCAAAGUGGGUCUCCUGGCGCUUGCCCAGCUGACCGCUACGGCGAGAACUGCACCCAGGAAUGCCUCUGUGCCAACGGAGCCUCGUGCCACCCUGUCACGGGGCGAUGCCUGUGUGCACCAGGAUGGGUUGGCGCCACUUGCCAACAAGGGGGAAGCUGGGUUUGCUUAACGACCGCGUGGCUAGGUGAUUCACUUAACAACUGCGGCAAGAAUGGUCGGGAAAGGGGUCUAAACUCCACGGCCUGGCUUCGCGAUGGAAAGGUUGGGCUCACUCGGCGUCGUAAGUCAGAGGACUCGCUGUAUCUCUUUUCUUCAGAGUGCGUCGAAGGAAAACAUGGGCUGGGCUGCCAAGAGAGUUGCGAUUGUGUGAAUGGAGGCCGGUGUGACCCAAAGAGUGGACGCUGUCUUUGCCAGGAUGGCUGGACCGGUGAAAAGUGCCAGGACGCCUGCCUGCCCGGUUCCUUUGGGAAGGACUGUACCACGAAGUGCGACUGUCCCUCGGGCUCCCCUUGCAACCACAUCACCGGCCAGUGCGGCUGCCCUCCUGGCUUCACCGGACACGGGUGCGAAAGGCCUUGCCCCCCUGGCACCUUCGGUCUGGGAUGCGCGCACAUUUGCCAGUGCGCGGGUGCGAAUCACGACUGCCACCCGGUGAGUGGGAGGUGCCUCUGCGCCCCGGGAUACCACGGCAACGGCUGCAAGCAGAGUGAGUUUACACGCGGGUGUUCAAAUGGGGGCAAAUUUGGGGGUGUUUGUGGGCGGGAGAAAAGAGAAAUCCUGUGGCAGGCUGUUCCACUGGCUAAUGGUUCGUUUCCAUCCCACGGCUUUUCAGAGUGCCCGCCGGGACGCUACGGGCCGAAUUGCGAGGGAUUGUGUCAGUGUAAGAAUGGCGGUCGUUGUGUGGCCACAACGGGGGCGUGUGAGUGUCUGGCUGGAUACAUCGGCGCCGAUUGUAACGUAGCUUGUCCGAGGGGACGUUAUGGGACCGACUGUGCCCGUCCCUGUCGGUGUGGUGAAAAUGUCCCAUGUCACCCGGUGUCUGGUUCCUGCCUUUGUCCCCCAGGGAAGUUCGGUCCCGAAUGCGAAAACGGUGAGUCCCCGCUCGGUUUUCAUUUGACUGGGGAGGGUGGGUAUUGGGGGCAUCUCAUCAUAUGCGCCCUCGAUGGGGAAGGGGCUUCCCGGCUUGGGAAGUCGACGGAAUGGGGUCUCUCGCAUGGUUUGGCUCACCUCACAGGGCUGUGGUUGCGAUCCUGCCGGGGUCAACCAUUUCAUAAGCACAGAGGGAGACUCGGGGCCCGCUUCGCAGGGAUGUCGCGCGAGCAGCUGUGUCCACUUUGUUCAGUUUCUAACAACGGAGCAUCCUGCACGCGGGUUAGAUUAGAUGACCUCAGGGGGUCCCUCCCAAGCGAAGGAUUCCUGUGCAUUAUGCAUUCAGCGGGGGCUUCCUUCAAUGUUUUUGGGGGUCUUUGCGUUCCAUCGAGAGCCGCAUCCGACCCACAGUUGUGGGGGGGUUCAGCGUCUCCCGCUUUCGCUUCUCCAACAGACUGCCCGGCCAAUCGUUACGGGUUCAACUGUAGCCAGGUGUGCGCCUGUCAAAAUGGCGCCCUGUGCCUGCCAGAAGAUGGAGCCUGCCUCUGUGGGCUCGGAUGGACCGGGAUCUGGUGUGAAAAAGGAUGCCCUCCGGGGAAAUAUGGGUCCAACUGUCAGCUGAACUGUACUUGCCAAAGCAACGGGAUUUGUGAUCCGGCCACGGGGAUCUGUCGGUGCGGGAAAGGCCAGUACGGGAAUCAAUGUGAACACGCCUGCCCAGCUGGAUUCCACGGGAUCGCCUGUCGGGAGCGAUGCAGCUGCCAAAACGGCGCCUCGUGCGAUCCGCGAUCCGGGGAGUGUCUUUGUCGGCCGGGUUUUGGCGGCCGCUACUGCGAAAAAGGCUGCGACGCAGGGAGAUACGGAGAAAAAUGCCAACGGGCGUGUGAUUGCGAAGGAGAAGCCCCGUGCGAGCCCUCCACCGGCCGCUGUCUCUGCCCUCCGGGGAAAACGGGAGCCAGGUGUGACCUUGGUGAGUGUGCAAAUGGAUCAGUGGAGAACAAUUGCAGUUGGAUUGUGGGGGUGGGGGGGAAAUGCAAUGAGAACAAUUAACCAGUGGAACGGCUUGCCACCAGAAAUCAUGGGUGCUUCAUCACAGGAGGGUUUUAUAGAAAAGACUGAAUAGGCACCUGCCUGAAAUGGUGGGCCCCUCCUGCUUGAGCAGGG